AGAUCCCAAGCCAAAAGUCAGGGAUGUCUUAUUUUCUGUAUUAAGGCAUGAAAGUAAUGACAAAUAUGACGAUGUUGCUGAUAGUAACGAUUGGUAACCCUAUUUAUAUUAGUGUUAAACAUCGUUUGAACUAUGGUCAGAAAAGCUAGCUAUAAUGAAUAGUACAAUAUAGUCAUAAUAUGUAAAUGAAAGAGAUGAAAAGAUUCAUUGGAAUAUCUAAACAAUAUUAUUAAGAAUGUACGAAGACCUAAGUAAUUUUAUCACAUUUGACUAUAAUACCAUUUGGAAUAUGCAUAGUGAAAGUUCAGAAAAUAUGUACCAAAACACAGUUUUAUUAGAUAUAAUGCAGGAUAAUGAACCAUCUAAAGAAAUUAAUACGAAUGAAGAAAAAGAUCAUUUUGAGGAAUUAAAUAAUUUUGAAUCUGAUAACAUAUUACAUAAUAAAAUAUCACAUAAUACUAGUACGAAACAAGACAUAUUAAUAUUGAAUAAGACACAUCGCACAGUUCCUAAUAUUUUAAAGAGUAGUUCAAGAUCACAUAGAAUAUCUGAAGUAGAUGCAACAAAACCAAAUUGCUUCUUUGAAGAUAUAGCAAAAACAGAGCAACAAGUUUUACUUGUUCCUGAUGCAGCAUCAAAGCAUAUUCAGUCUGAAAAUACAUUUGUUAAAGAAGCUAAAUAUAAAAAAGUAUCAAGGAGAAGAAAACAAAAGUUUAGCUAUGUGAACGCCUGGAACAUUUGCUCCUUUGUUGACAAGGAGAAGGAAAUAUUGGAUAAAAACGUUUGUAUGUCAACAGAGAUAGACAGUUCUGCACAAAAAAAUAAGUUGAAGCAUUACGCUAAUAAGCAGGAUAAAAGACAAGGAAUAUCUAUUCUUAAAAGUGAACAAGAAAGACUUGUAUCUUCAAUGUCUGAGAAUGUAUUAACAGAUUGUACCUCCAAAGGUCAGGCCCCUUCAUCUUUGGAAGAAAUUGAAUCAGAUAAUUUUCAAGAUUCAAUUGAUUUCUCAAGCAAUGAAAUAUUUAAUACAUUUUAUUACGAAUCUUAUGACAGCAAUAAGUUAGAUUGUUUUAUAGGGUAUACAGAGAAUUCUGAUGAUGCAUAUAAUUCUUUUAGUUCAAAACAUAGUGAUUAUCAGGUAAAAGAACUUGAUAUGAAUUAUAAUGAAAUAGAUACAUAUGAGACAAUGGCAGAUUGGUCCUUAACAGACAAUGAACAAGAUGAAAUAGAUAUUUCAAUAAGAAAACCUGUAAUGUCUCCAGAUUAUUGGAUCGAAGAUCUCUUCAGUGAUAGAAAAUCAAAAUGUUCAUGCUGUGAUUAUUCUUGCCAUGAGGAUUAUGCUCCAAAUUUGAUUACAACUAGUGAAAUUAAUACUUAUACAAAAGACAGACUAUCAACAGAAAUUUUUAAUGGUGAUUCACAAGCUAAUUUGGACAAUACAGAUUUAUAUACCUCUAAUAGUACAUGCGUAACUGAUAAUGUUUUAAGUGAGGACAGCAGUAGAACAUGCUCACCGCUUAUUGACAUUGAGAGCUCUUUGCAAAUUACUGAUGAUAUUGACUCAACGUUAAUAAAAUUUUUUAAUUAUUCAUGUCAAAAAGAUAUUGAAGAAGGAAUAUCUAAACAAUUUACAUGUACACAAGAACAACAAGAAACAUUACAAAUUCAAGACAGCAACGAAUAUAAACAUAUUACAAAAAAGAACGAGUUUCAGUGUUCAUCAUGUUUAUUAUCGUUCGCAAGCGCGCGUACAAUGGCAAUACAUCAAGCUGCAGCGCAUGGAGGUAAAUGUACUAUUUUAUCCCCAAUAAAGUAUGGUGUUUGUCAUCGAAUUUCUUUUCAGACACAAGUCGUCUUUACUUCACCACUUAAAAGCAGUGCACCAGGUUCACUAUACUCGUAGUCGUUCGUCAACAUUCACUUGUGAAGUGUGCCAAAAAGUUUAUAGCAAAUUUGGUGCUUUUGAAAAUCAUGUGAAAACCCAUAAAAACGCUUGGUAAGUUUAUCUUACUGAUAUUUUAAAAAAAACAAAUAUAUCUAGCAAUUAUAUUACUAUUUAAAUAUUUCAAAGUUAUUAAUCUAAUUAAAGUAGAUAUUAUUGAAAUGUUAUAUUUAUAUUUAUAUUUAUUUUUUAUUUGCUGACGUUACCUUUUUGGAAAUAUUAUUUUAAUGCUGUUAGGAUAGCGUUAGAUAUAACUAUAAAAUAAUUCUUACUACGAUCUAAUAUAAGAUAGCAGAAAAAGUAACUCAGAUUAUUUAUAUACUUAGAAAUAUAAUAUUUUGUAUCUUGGUUAUUUUUAUAUUUUUUAUUUGUUUAUACAUUUUUACUAGAUUAUAUCCUGUUCUGUUAUGUACUUAUAAUACCUUUAUAUGUAUUCUUAUUUAUAUCGACAAAAGAAUAGCAUCUUAAAUUAACUACUUUUUUUACAUGUAAUCGGUACGAAGUGAUACGUAAAUUAAGAUUAUAGUAUUAUAUAAUCCAGAUUUAACAGCCGUAAAAAUAAAAAUUUUCCUUUUUCAUUUUUGAGGCUGUUAUGAAAUGUUGAAAUGUUUUAUUUUUGUAUAUGUAUUUGAUGAAAUUGUAAUACAUGAGAUGUAAAAAAUGUGAUUGUAAAAUUUGUAAUAAAAUACUUAACGUGAAAAUGUUUUACUUGAUAAUGUAUGUUUAAGUAUAACAAUAAAUUGAAUUUUAUUUUCA